ACUUCCGCCGUCUACAAUGUGGCUGAUACAGGUGAUAGUUGCGUGUUGUGCGGUAGGUGCUGCUCUAGGGGUGUCUGGUGCCACACCUGACGCCUUAGCUGAGCCGGAACCCGACCCCAGCAUCGGGUAUUCCUACGAGUCUCCACCCCAGCCUUUCGGGCUUCCAGGCGAAGACCCAGGCCAAGGCCCACUAGAUUACACGGAGCCACAGUCGGGCUAUCUCCCUCCCAGGGGCUACGUCCCUGAUAGCACUGACUCAGAUAUUGGGUACGGUUUACCUGAUCUUGACCCUGCCUAUGGGCUACCAACAUCUGAGCCUCCCUAUGGUCCACAUACACCUCAACCUUAUGGUCCACCAGCAUCAGGACCAUCCUAUGAUCCACCUGCGGCAAGACCUUCCUAUGGCCCCUCUACACCAGAGCCUUCCUAUGGUCCACCAACAGCUAGACCUUCCUAUGGUCCACCAACAUCAGGACCUUCCUAUGGUCCAUCAACAUCAGGACCUUCCUAUGGUCCACCAACAUCAGGACCUUCCUAUGGUCCACCAACAUCAGGACCUUCCUAUGGUCCACCAACAUCAGGACCUUCCUAUGGUCCAUCUACACCUAGACCUUCCUAUGGCCCAUCUACACCUAGACCUUCCUAUGGUCCACCAACAUCAGGACCUUCCUAUGGUCCAUCUACACCUAGACCUUCCUAUGGUCCACCAACAUCAGGACCUUCCUAUGGUCCACCAACAUCAGGACCUUCCUAUGGUCCAUCAACAGCAGGACCUUCCUAUCGUCCACCAACAUCAGGACCUUCCUAUGGUCCACGAACAUCAGGACCUUCCUAUGGUCCAUCAACAUCAGGACCUUCCUAUGGUCCAUCUACACCUAGACCUUCCUAUGGUCCACCAACAUCAGGACCUUCCUAUGGUCCACCAACAUCACGACCUUCCUAUGGUCCACCAACAUCAGGACCUUCCUAUGGUCCACCAACAUCAGGACCUUCCUAUGGUCCAUCAACAUCAGGACCUUCCUAUGGUCCAUCUACACCAGAGCCUUCCUAUGGUCCACCAACAUCAGGACCUUCCUAUGGUCCAUCUACACCUAGACCUUCCUAUGGUCCAUCUACACCUAGACCUUCCUAUGAUCCAUCUACACCUAGACCUUCCUAUGGCCCAUCUACACCUAGACCUUCCUAUGGUCCAUCUACACCUGAACCUUCCUAUGGCCCAUCUACACCUAGACCUUCCUAUGGUCCAUCUACACCUGAACCUUCUUAUGUCUCUCCAAAUCCUGAGCCAAACCCACGGAGGCCGUCUUCUUAUAGGCCGUCUUCUUAUAGGCCUCCUCCUACACAAAGCCACCGUACAUCUACCCCCUCCUACUCUCCUCCUUUACAAAACUACGGUACAUCUACCCCCUCCUACUCUCCUCCUACACAGAGAUACGGUACAUCUACCCCCUCCUACUCUCCUCCUUCACAAAACUACGGUACACCUACCCCCUCCUACUCUCCUCCUACACAGAGAUACGGUACAUCUACCCCCUCCUACUCUCCUCCUACACAAAGAUACGGUACUCCUACUCCCCCCUACUCUCCUCUUCCUAACCAGAGCUAUGGAACAUCCUCUGCCAUUUCUGCAUCCUUUGGUGCCACAUCUCAGUCAUCAUCAGCAUAUCAGUCCUCGAAUGAAAUUGUAAAUUCUGCUUUUGCGAUCGGCAAUCCGAGUCGUGUUUCCUCGGGCCAAUCUUACGCAUCAGGGACCGACAUUGUUGGGGGUCCUGGUGGUCAGCUAUUAAUUUCCAGCAGGAAUCCUGAUGUCUCCUUUGGGUCUCCUGGGCUUGGGGGAGCCUCUUAUGGAGAGUCCGGGUCUAUUGGCGGAGGUCCACGUGGGUCCUUUGAUGGACAAAAUUCCCUCCUGUCGCCACAAGAUGCAUCACUGGAAUCACGACAGCUUCCAUCUGGUUAUACUCCCAGGCCAUCAUAUAAUGAGAAGGGAAUGCCAUUCAACUUCGCUUACGCUGUGAACGACGAGUACAGCGGAAACAUCUACAGCCACAAUGAGAACUCUGAUGGUCUGGUGACGAACGGCCAGUACACAGUGUUGCUCCCUGACGGCCGCACCCAGGUCGUCACCUUCACCGCCGACAAUGACCUUGGCUAUCUGGCCCAGGUCACUUACGAGGGCCAGGCCACCUACACCGCUCCACAACCUGUUACUUAUAAUUAACAACCUGAAUCUACCGCUUCCCAUAAGUGUAUAUCUUUUCGCAACUUUUAAAAAGGCGUUAAGUGAUGCUGUAAAAACUCCUUUCAUGGAAAAGGCCAAUUUUACUGUUUAGGCUUUGCUGGAUACACUUAACUUUUUAUCAUGUUAUGGGUAUUCAGAAUUUUUCACGUAAAAUAUGAGUUUGAUCAUGAAUAAGAUGUGUAUUGCUUUUGAAGUGUACUGUGAUCCAAAGCUGUUAUUUUGUUUGCAGGCAACAGAAUCUAUGAUUGUAAUACACGCGUUAUCUCCUGCACCCACCCACUACCAAUGUAAAUGAAAAUUGUGGAAUACAGUACUACUUACAGAACUGGGUGAACAUAGUAUUAUGAUUCCUUCUAAUUUCCCCUCCCACCUCAUCAUUGCUCUCUGCCUUACCACUCUUUCUUUAUAUUGUUGUUAAUGUAUAAUUUGGUCCAAUAUUGUCGAUUAUAUGAUACUAUAAUAUAUUACAGUCAUUCACUGAUGUACUAAGUAUAAUCACAAUAUUUGGAGGGAAUAAAUUGUUCAUAGAACAA